CAUCAUUCCAUAUGCUAUGUUCCUCAAUUCGAUUUCGAAAUUCAAAGCAAUUCUAUUCAAUUAUAAGACAAGCCCAUUUUAAUUCACUGCCUAUUUUAUCAAUUUCUUUGAUUUCUCGGUCGAUUGAAAAAGGGUUUUUGUCUUCUGUGGCUUCAUCUGAUAAUAAUUCAAGAACGCCUCUGUUUUUGUCGGGCUUGAGAUUAGAUCGCUCAAUGGCAAGCAAUUCAAAUAACCCACAAUCAGUUCAUGAUUUCACUGUUAAGGAUGCUAAAGGGAAUGACGUUGAUUUGAGCAUUUACAAAGGAAAGGUCCUAUUAAUCGUCAAUGUUGCAUCGCAGUGCGGUCUCACCAAUUCAAAUUACACGGAAUUGACAAAGGUGUAUGAGAAGUACAAGGAUCAAGGUUUGGAGAUUCUGGCAUUUCCAUGCAAUCAGUUUGGCUCACAAGAACCUGGCACUAAUGAAGAGAUUCAACAGUUUGCUUGCACCCGAUUUAAGGCCGAGUAUCCCAUAUUUGACAAGGUUGAUGUAAAUGGUUCCAAUGCUGCUCCACUAUACAAGUUCCUCAAGUCGAGCAAAGGGGGUUUUUUGGGGGACAGUAUUAAAUGGAACUUCUCCAAAUUCCUUGUUGACAAAGAGGGGCGUGUUGUUGAUCGCUAUGCUCCCACAACAUCUCCUCUUAGCAUCGAGAAGGACAUAAAGAAGCUGCUCGAGAAGGCUUAAGCAUUAGAGCCAUCUUGUUAUGUCUUUCAGUUACUAGUAAUAAACAUCCCCUAAGCAUUAGAGCCAUCUUGUUAUGUCUUUCAGUUACUAGUAAUAAACAUCCCCUAAGCAUUAGAGCCAUCUUGUUAUGUCUUUCAGUUACUAGUAAUAAACAUCCCCUAAGCAUUAGAGCCAUCUUGUUAUGUCUUUCAGUUACUAGUAAUAAACAUCCCCUAAGCAUUAGAGCCAUCUUGUUAUGUCUUUCAGUUACUAGUAAUAAACAUCCCCUAAGCAUUAGAGCCAUCUUGUUAUGUCUUUCAGUUACUAGUAAUAAACAUCCUGAUGAGGAUGUCAAUUAGCAGUAUUAUCUUCAUGUUUUCUAUGUUAAGCGUUCAAAACUUCCAUUCUGUAUUUUGUUUAAGAUUCUUCUCUAUUAAAUAAGAGCUCGAAUAUUGUAAA